ACCCAUUUACAGUGGUUGGUGUUACAGCAACGCGUUUAUUUGUUUUAGUUUUCUGCGCUUUGUUGGCGGCUCUUGAAGACACACCAGUUCAGUGCUUUUUCCAGCAGAGAUCAUUGUGAGAGCACAGGUCGGGAGGAUGACUGCUCGUGUGUGUUGCUUGAUGAUUGUUUUAUUGUGUCUGUUCGGAUAUUUGAGUAUAACCGAUGCUGGAAAAACAACAGCAAAGCCAGGAAAGUGUCCACCCCAAUCAUCUGGGAAUAAAUCGUGUAGUAGUUCCUGUAAGAGUGACUCCAACUGUCCCAACAAUGAGAAGUGCUGCAGCAAUGGCUCUGGAAAUUACUGUACAGCUCCAUAUAUAGUGAAACCAGGUCAAUGUCCCGACCCAAAGAACAUUCCACUGUCUGCUGAAAGCUGUGACCAUGAUGGCCAGUGUCCUGCCACACAGAAAUGUUGCCCAACCACCAGUGGACGUGCAUGCAGUGAACCACGUGGCCAGGGGAGUGGCUCUGGCUCUGGUCAGGGGAGCGGUCAGGGCCAGGGAAGUGGCACUGGCUUUGGCCAGGGAAGUGGCUUUGGUCAGGGGAGCGGCUCUGGCUUUGGCCAGGGAAGUGGCUUUGGUCAGGGGAGCGGCUCUGGCUUUGGUCAGGGAAGUGGCUUUGGUCAGGGCAGCGGUCAGGGCCAGGGAAUCGGCUCUGGCCAGGGGAGUGGUCAGGGAAGCGGUCAGGGAAGUGGCUUUGGUCAGGGGAGUGGCCAGGGAAGUGGCUUUGGCCAGGGAAGCGGCUUUGGUCAGGGCCAGGGCAGUGGAUUUGGCCAGGGGAGCGGCUUUGGUCAGGGGAGUGGUCAGGGCCAGGGAAGCGGUUCUGGAUUUGGCCAGGGAAGCGGCUUUGGUCAGGGGAGCGGUCAGGGCCAGGGA